CUCAAGUCCUGGAACACAAUACUGAAACUUCCCUCUGCUGUUUCAGUUUGAGAGGAGGCGUGCCCAGUCAAAUGCCAGUACCAGCAGUUUAUAGUCAAAGCAGUGGCUGAAUCUAACUGUGACUGUGUGAGGCUGCUGGAAAAAAAAAAGGGGAAGUGUAUGGGGGGGAGAAGAAGAAAAGGGUUUUAGGUGAAUAUGAAACUGCAUACAGGAGAGUCACGUGAAAGAGGAUUUGUUAUUAAAAAGCUGAAGGAAGAGACUUGUGAUAUUCAGUUAAAGUGUUUCAUUUAUCUGGUGUUCUGUGAGUUCCACAGCCACUUCCUCCAGUGCUGACAGGCUGCUGCUGCUGGCUACAGGGAAGGAUCCCAGAUGGGUCUCUGUUGCAUGUCAGGAGUGGCCUUUUUGCCAUCUCUACUGGUCAUCUGGUCCUCUGCUGCAUUUAUUAUCUCCUAUGUUAUCUCUGUGCUGGAGGGACACGUGGAGCCCUUUGUCCCCUAUAUAAGCGACACGGGCACAACUCCUCCUGAAAGUGGUGUAUUUGGAUUCAUGAUAAGUGUGACGGCUGUAUUAGGUGCUGCUACAAUGUACACACGAUAUUUGAUACUACAGAAGCUAAAUUCUGCAUAUGACCUGAUGUGGCCGCAUGCAAAUUUAAUAUCUCUCAUUAUUGGGUUAAUCGGCUGCCUUGGUAUGUGGCUUGUUGCAGCUUUUCAGGAAACAUCAGUUUUAAUUGUCCAUGAGGCUGCAGCCCUUGUAACAUUCUGUUUCGGAGUCCUGUAUAUUUUAUCACAGUCCAUCAUUUCUUACAAGUCUUGCCCACAGUGGAACAAAAAGCUCAUAUGUCAUAUACGAAUGGCAAUAUCUGUUGUGUCAUUUAUUGCGAUUUUUCCCAUGAUUAUAUGUGCAUUAAAAGUUGGCAGCUUGAAGCCACGUUGGCAACCAUCUGAUCAGGGAUACUCAAAUCAUCUAACAAGCGCUAUAUGUGAGUGGAUAGUAGCAUUUGGAUUUGUAACCUUUUUCCUGACCUUCAUCAGAGAUUUCCAGGGUGCCAAUGUAACCAUUUCAACGGAAAUACUUGAUGACUACGGCGACUAUUAAAAGGAUUCUCUUGAGAAUUAUAGGAGACAAAACUAUUUUCUAGUAGUCCUUGCUAGACUAAUAAGGACACAAGGACUUGUACACAAUUUGCACUUUGGAACAAAUGCCAGUUUUGUUUUUUAAUGUUUGGUAACGGAAUCUGACUUUUUACAAUAUUUUCAUCAUGUAAUUUUUUUUGUAUAUUUUUUACUUUUUAACAUAUGCCAGUUAAUGUUUUAAGAAUAGAAUUUACAAUGAUAACCAUGUUACUGAAAGGGCACUUAUUAUGGUUUUCAAAAUGUUUCUAAUAAAUUAGAUUAUUUUUCAUUUUUGGAGAUGUCAGUCUUUUCAAGAGGAAAGCACAAAUUAUCGAGCGCUGAUGUGUUGACAAACUCAUUGAUUCACUCUACAGCUACCACGAAUCUUACAGCUGGAUCGGUCAUUUUUACCCUACAUGACACUUUUCAUUCAACUGUUUUGUUAACUUCACAGUUUGACUACUAUAUAAAGAAGCAUUAACAAGUUACCUAUUUGUCAUGUUAAAGAUAACAAAUUAACCACUGUUAACCAUUUUAAUAGCUUUGGCAUGUUUGUGUUUGUUCAUGUAUAAGAUGGCGAUAGAACUUUAAUUUGAUAAUAUACUAUACAUACACACAUACAUAGACACAUAAAAUACAUACAGAGAGACAAAAACACACAAACUUAUUAUUUACUAUUUAGGACAACUAAAGUCUGAAAAAGAGGGAAUUAAGUGUGUGG